AUGGCUACCAUAAAAGAGCAACUUGUAAGUCGAGUAACUUUUUCUCCGACUGUAACACUAUUUGAUACACCUAAACUUGAUUGUGAAUUGACUACACUCUCACUAACUACCGUUAAAGAACUGUCAGAGAUCAUUGGCAAGACUGCAUCCAAAUCAUGUUGUCUUAAUCCCUUGCCUUCUAGAUUGCUUGUUCCUCAUCUCAAUGAUGUUCUGCCUGUUAUUUGCAAAAUGGUCAACUUGUCGCUGGAAACAGGUUCUCUGCCACCAAGUCUAAAGGAAGCAGUUUUGUCACCGUUAUUGAAAAAGCCGUCCCUAAACCAUGA